AUGGAUCCUCUUCCAUUAGGUCGAUGUAGCCAUAGAAAUCUUUCCGCAAAGUCAACUCAAUGUGAUCGUUGGGCACGACUCGUUUGUUCACAUUGUAAUCGAGGAGUUUGUGUCGAACAUGAGAAAAUACAUCAAGAAGAAAGUCAGAGAAGAAUAGAUGAACUUCAAAAUCAAAUGAAUGAUCUUCGACAGAGACUCCAUACAUUGACACAUGAACAACUGGUGGAGAAUUUUGAGGAGAAACUUGAUCAAUGGACGAACACAUGUAAAAACGAAAUCGAUCGAAAAGCGAUGCAAAUGUUAAAACAAGGAAAGAGUUUAAUUGAACAAUUGAACGUGGAAGAAUUUCGUUCUAACUGUUUAAAUCAAAUUGAAAACAGUUUAGAACCAAGUCAAACACAUACCAGUAAAUUAGAAGAACAAAUCGAACAAAUGAAAGAGAAAAUCUCAUAUCUUCAAAUAACGAAUGAUGGUCAAAUCAAAGUUAACCAUUUCCUUACCAAACCAUCAAGAGAUAUGAUGAAUCUUGAUUGA